GCGGCUGGAAGUGUGAGUGCGCGAGUGAACGGCGCAUUAUUUGGCAGCGAGACGGCGGAGCGACGCGAGGGAGCGAAAGCAGUGGGUUUCCCCGGAUUAUCGGAGUGAAUUACCGGCCCGAACCGCCAGGAACACCCGGUAGUCACAGCAGAGUCCCCGCGAUCCGUUGUGGUGAUGUCUGAUGAUGUGGUGCGACAGACGCGCAGUCAGAAGCGUGCUCUGCAGAGAGACUCUCAGUCUGAGGACGUGGACAGUAAGCGUGUGAAGCUGGAGUGUGUGGAUCAGGUGGACAGACCGGCGUUCAGUUCCAGAUCCGAGACGGCGGUGUCGGUCCAGACAUCCAGCAUGCCGAGGGGGGGGGAGGUGAAGGCCACCAUCAAACUAGAGCUUCAGACAGCAGAUGAGCCUGUGGACAUGAGCAGCAGCAAGACUGAGCUGAAGAGAGAGAACGGACCCUUGUCCCAUGAUGAUGUCAUCGUUCUGUCUGAUAACGAGGCAUCGAGUCCGCUGGUGAAUGGCGACAAUCACUGUAAAGAGCUCGACACUGAACUGCUCAUGAGGAGUUCUCCAGUGGACCGUGAGCGUGUCAUUAAACAGUUGCAAGAGGAGCUUCGGUUAGAAGAAGCCAGACUCACCCUGCUGAAGAAACUCCGACAUAGUCAAACACACAAAGACUCCAGUGAACAGAAGCCGUUGCUUUCUACAACGGCGGCGACUCCACCUGUUGUCAAAGGAUCUGCAUCCAAUAAAGCUGCACAACCUCAGGUGAUCUCAGGCCGAGCUUUAGGGACAGCGAUUUCUCCUCCGCUGGUGCGUGGCGGUGGUGCAGUGACCAAACCCGGCUCAACGAUCAUAAUGCCUCCGCUUGUCAGAGGAGCUCAGCCGAUCUCAGUGACACCGCAGCAGAUCGCCAGCCUACGACAGCAGCAGAACUCGAGCUCCACUCCUUCUCCACUGCUGCUGGCCUCCAGAUCGUCUGGAUCAAACGUCCAGGGACAGAAGAUCAUCCAGCCCGGAAUCAUCCGCAUGAGCAACAUCCCCAACGCCAGUCUGCUUGUCACCAUCAACCAGUCCACGGCCACAAACCUCAAGUCCUCGUCUGUGAAUGAGUCUCCAGCCAGUCGUCAGGCGGCGGCUAAACUUGCACUGCGCAAACAGCUGGAGAAAACGCUACUGGAGAUACCGCCAGCCAAACCGCCAGCGCCUGAAUUCAACUUCCUGCCCUCUGCCGCUAAUAAUGAGUUCAUCUAUCUGGUGGGACUGGAGGAGGCGGUGCAGAAGCUGCUGGAGUCUCUUGGCCGAGGUAAACAGGGUGUGUACGCUGGUUUAGUUGUCACUGGUGAAGAGCCGUUCACCUGCUCUCAGUGUCAGACAGACUUCACCUGUCGCUGGCGCAAAGACAAGGGCGGAGCUACCAUGUGUGAGGAGUGCAUGUCGACCAAUCAGAAGAAGGCUUUGAAGGCGGAGCACACCAAUCGUCUGAAGGCGGCAUUUGUGAAAGCUCUACAGCAGGAGCAGGAGAUGGAGAAGAUCCUGCAGCAGAGCUCUUCACCUGCCUCAUCUUCAUCAUCAUCAACCCACAUGAUGAAGGCUGGUCAGAUGAAACGCUCAUCAACUGCAGUUCAACAGACACACGGCCGAACCAGCCAGCCAAUCAACCGCCACUCCUCCAACAUCAAACAGAUCUCUCCGAGUACGCUGCAGUUGUUUCGUAGCAUGCAGCAGUCUGUUGCCGGGAUACGCGCAGUUCCUCACUCGUUCUCGCGGUCCACUCAGCUGCAGAACGCCGUCGCAGCCGCCACGCUCGUCAGCAGGCCAGGUAAGCAUGCAGUGCGUCAGGGGUCAAAGGUCAACAGCAGUGGCAGCAUCAGGAAGCCUGACCCCACGACCUCCUCCACCUGGAGGAAGCAGAACGCCACCGCAGCAGGUGUGACGAUGGCGUAUGUGAACCCCAGUCUGUCCGCGCACAAGACGUCAUCAUCAGUGGUGGAGCGUCAGAGAGAAUAUCUGUUGGACAUGAUCCCCUCACGCUCCAUCUCACAGACCGCAAACACAUGGAAAUAAAGAUCUGCAAACGCAGCACUCACACGUCACGAUCCACAGUGUGCUAGAACUUCAGUCUGAGAAUCUAGAACGGCUCCUCUAGAAUUUAGUCUGGAAUUCUGAAAUCAAAUCCGUGUUUGGUACAAAAAGUUUGUCAUUUCCUGUUUAAGCACUCUUCCGUUUUUUUCCUGUCCUCUUUGUAGAUUUAGAUUUUGUCGAGAUGCACCAAUAUUUGAUCUUCAUACAGGAGCAGUUUCGUUCUUUUCAAGGCUUGAUUUAAUAACUGAUGACAGCGUUAAAGGGCUUUCAUUCUUGCCGGUGACUUUAUAAACAUGCUGAACUGCACUGGACAGUUUCAAACAGCAUUGACGUGGGACAUAAACCUUCAUGUCAAUGAUGUGCCUUCAACAAGCCAAUCAGGAGCCACUUUGAAUCUGGUCAGGACUUGAAUGCAAACACACAGGUGGAUGUUGUCGAUUAGCAUCACGGCUCUACGUGGACGACAUCGCUUCUGUUCUUAAAAAUAUUAAAGAUUUCAUUAAAAAAAAGCAAAUAAAAGAUGCUUCAGUGUGUUCAGUUGCUUCACCCUGAAGUCGUUGUCCUUUAUUGUUUGACUUUAAGUUAUAUAACUGUGUGGAAUUGAACAAUUUUCGUCUUGUUUAUGGUCAUUUAAUACUCUCAAAUUUAUUUGCUUUUCAUCAUAAAGACAUCAGCGUCACUGUACAUCUCAAAUAUUCAACCUCAGCCCAAUAUUUAUGAUUGUUGAUUAUUGGAUAUGUUGCCAUUAUGUUUGCUUUCACAACCUGUAUUGUUUAAUUUAGGUUUGGGUUAAAUUACGGUUAAUAAUGCUAUAUAUAACUUUAGAUUUUGUUAAAAAUAGUUUCUGAGAUAAUUCCAUUCGGGUCCUGUUAUCAUCAGAUUAUUGUUUGAGCAUGUGUGCGACGCAUCUCUGUAUUCUCUACACGAGUCAUGUUCAUUAAUCGUCUGAUGAUGAAGAUGCCAGAAUGAUGCUUCAGUCUGCAACUCUGAUCUGUUAAACUCUUCAUGUCCAUCUAUUUUGUUUUAUUGUACAUUACUAACACAGGACUUUGAGCUUUAUCUUACCGAGCUUUAUUUGUACCACUGCUGUGUGAUGAUGUCACAGUUGUUCCGUUUUCAGGGUUCUGAAUGGCUGUGUGUGUUCUGCGGUCGUGUACAAAAUGAGCUUACGGUUUGUUUGAUUUACUUUUGUUCCCAAAAUAAAGUUUUAACUCUUUCA